CUUAAAGUAUAAUAUGACCCGUAAGGAACUUGGCAAAACCGACCAAUGCUCUUACUCUGCCAAAGCAUAGUUACUUCCAAGAAGCAGGUGUAGCCAAUUGUACUGUCACGCGCUGAGUAAGGAGGCUCGGCCUUGUUAUAUUACGUGCAAGAAUUUCCCUUGCAGCCGUCGGGAAAUGAAGCCCCUGUUGACAGCUUUGCUUGUCAUAGCGUUGUCUUGCUCUGCACAUAAGUCAACAGCCACAAACAUACAACAAAUUUUGAACGGCUCAAUAUAUAUUCCUACCGAGAAUGGUACGUUGGUGCAAGUUUACCCGCCGGAAAACGUUUCAACUACCGACAGCUGCCCAGAUUCCGCCUGGAAGCGCUGGCGGCUCCACCACCCCUCCCCCAACUUCGAGCCGCUCCAGUGGACCCGCAGCGAGUGGCGACAAUACCUGACGCGCUACCCAGCUAGGUCCGCCGGCCUCUCCCUCGCCCUGCUCCUGCUGGGCCUCAUCGCAC